AUGAGUGAGGUUUUUGGAAAUAAUCUUCCUCCAAUAAAAUCAAGUUCAAAAUUACAAGUAAUUUUAAAUUGGAAACAACUUCCAAGUGUCAAAAGUUGUUAUAAAAAAAUUUUUGAUAAAUCAGAUUUUCCUGGAAAUCCAACUUAUAUGGAAGCAAUCCUAAAAAAAGUAUGGCCCUCAACCUCUUUGAAACCACCAGAACAACAUGUUGCUUGGGCUAUAUCAAUAGUCCAAACGAUAUUAAAUCCAAAAAAUUGUGAUUUAAAAAUUACAGAAGAUAUUAUAAAAUAUCUCCUUUCAAAUAAUCUUGUAAUAGUAGAAAAUAAUAACGAUGAUAAUCUACCUGUUACUGAUGAUGAUGUAGAAAUAAUCUCUUCUCCACUUUUAUUAAAAAGAAAAACUCAUACUGUACCUUCAAAACGACGGAAAAGUAAACACAAACUUACACCAGUAGCAGAAAAUAAUAAUAAUGAUAAUUUGCCUGUUGCUGAUGAUGAUACAGAAAUAAUCUCAUCUACCUCCUCUUCUCCAAAAAGAAAAACUAUAGCAGAAAAUAAUAAUGAUGAUAAUUUUUCCGUUGCUGAUGAUGAUAUAGAAAUAAUUCCAUCUACUUCCUCUUCUCCAAAAAGAAAAACUUAUAAUACAUAUUAUGGGAUUUUUAAAAGACUUUCCAAUAUUGAGAAUGAACUGAGAUGUGGAAAGAUAGAAGAAUUGGUACGGCUAAAUGAUAAUGAGUCAGGUCCUUCUAAUUCUCGCUCACGUCAAAAUAAGAGCAAGAAAGGUGGAGUCAA